AAGGCGAUACCGCAGGCAAUGCCAGGGUUAUGACAACCAGAAGCACCGAAGCCAAAAAAUCCAAAAAGUCCAAGCAUGGUGAUGACGAAGAGGAUGACGAGAAGAAAAAGAAGAAGAAGGAGCGAGAUCCCAUGGACUGGGAAGAUGACAAAUUUCCCAAGAUGUCCGAACGAGAGGUGGUCCCUGCCUUGGUGGACCAACAGAAGCUGCAAGAGAUGCAGCAGCAGGCCAAGAAGCAGUACAUCAACUCUUUGGGACCCGAUCCCGCAAAGGUCCAACGGACCUGGAAGUACCACUUUGGGCUUUGUGCCCUGGAGAAUGUGACACAACACGACUGGGAGGUCUUUAUCGCAGUGUCUGAAACCGGAAGCAAGUUUGACCAGUUCAAGAAUCGAUUGCAUGGCACCUUCCAGUACACCAGGGGCUACAAAGUGAGGCCUAACAUCCGGAAGAAGUUCAAACGUAUGGAACAGGUCUACAGCAAGGAACAUACCUUCAGUUACAAGCAGAUGCAGAACCACUUUGUGACGAUGGAUCUGUGGUCCGUCAGCAAGUUCCAGUUCAACAACCUCCUUGGUACUGCCAAACGAGGCUUUUACGACUUGGCCAAUGACAAUGUCUAUCAGACCAUUGGGAUUAAGGCGGCAGGUCAGCCGCAGCAGAACAAGGAAGAAGACAAGAAGGGCUUUCAGAUCGGCAACGUCUUCGUUCAAUGCCUUUGUUCCGAG